AUGCAGCAAGGGUCGCGCUGGAAGUCGGCCGCGAAUCUUGAGUUGCUGCUUGGAGCAGAUCAUCCGCCCGCCCGCCUUGCGAGCGACCCUGUAAGCGGCUUGGCCAAUGUCGCUGGGGCGGGGGUGGACGCCCGAAACACGGUGGGCUUUAAGAACACGCUUUACUGCAACCGACAGGACGCCGGCUACGCCUCUACGCGGCAACGCCUCGUCGAAUACUACCGCUUCAUGUUCUCAAAGAUUCCACUCUGGAGGAAGGACGUUCAACAAGGCGAGGCAAAGGCGGAGCCGACAGAGGCCUCUCUGGUGAAGCAGGAGGAGGAUGAGGAGGAUGAGGCACGGGAGUCAUCCAGCUUUCACGCGGGCGUUUUGCCACCGGGAUACCGGGCGCUGGGCGUUCUUACGCAGACGAACAACCCAGGCGAUAUCGGCGAGGACCUCCUCCUUCCAUGGGAGUUCUACCCAGUCACAGAUAUUAACGAUGAGGAGGCCUACGUCGAGUGCAUCAAUGCCCUUUCGAGAGAGACUCCACAGCUCAAUGGGUUUAUUCACGUUGAGGCCGAAGAUGAGGAUGGGGUGACGGCCGCGGGGACCACGACGGCGGCUGCUAACCUGGCGCUUGGCGGCCGAACUGACGGGAGGCUCUCACUCUACACACGCCUGGUGCCGCAGUUUACAGGCAUCUACCCUGGGAUGGCCGUUGGAGUCGUUGGUGACCCCUUCAAGCGGAGCUCGUCAGGUGCCUUGACGGGUGUUUUAGUUCGCCAAUUAAUUCUGCCGGCUCGUCCGAUUUUCCCAUGGAGCGUGGAACGGCCGCUGCCAACCCUGUCGACUUCGACGCCCGUUUCUACACGUGUUCAUUUCUGUAGUGGUCCCUUUCCUAGGCGUGACAUCAGCUCAAUUUUAACUGCAGUGACCAACAAUGCUCUUUCACGCGGGGCAGACUUGCUCAUCAUCGGUGGGCCGCUCGUCAAGGAAUUUGAGGAGUUCGAGAAGGAGCUUCUGACGUUGAUGCAGCGGACGUUUGAUGAGCUGCUAGGCGCCUACUUGGACGGCGUUGAGGACGUGAUAUCUAGCUACUACGCCGCAAACGGCAAUCGCGGGGGCAGGCCCCACUUAAAGGUGGUCCUGGUUAGCCACAGGGACGAUGCGACGCAGAUGCCAGCCCUCCCGACUACGAUGUACGGCGUGCAGGACGGCGGGGAUGUUUGGGUCCGCUCCAACCCCUGCCGCAUCUCCGUCAACGGCAUUCACUUUGGCGUCUGCAACGAGGACGUGGUGGGGGACAUGCGCAACAAAAUGGUGGAGCGGUGGUCGUCCGAGGCGGGCAGCCUCCGUCGGGUCGUCGAGACGCUCGUUCAGAGUCGCCUGUACGCCCCCAUUUAUGGUCUGCCGGCGGUAAAGCACGAGCUGAAGCACCUCCAGGCGCUCCGUCUUGACUACGUACCGGAGGCGAGCAGAGAGGAGAGCCACGGCGACGACGACGACGACGACGACGCUGCUGAUGGGAGAAGCGGCAGACCAACAUCCUCCCUGGCGUGGGACAGUCUUCGCUCCGUUCUCUCGGCAGGAAAGGAGGAGCUGGAGGAAGUGAAGCGAGAGACGAAACGUGUCAAGCGGGAAAUGCGUGAUUCCUCCUUCCCGUUGCAAGAUAGGCUAAACGGCGACGCGGCAGUCGAGUGGAUGCCUCAUGUCAUGUUUUUGCCCUCAACACGGCCUCGUUUUGCUGUCGUAACUCACCGCGGCGUGUGGGAUGGGGCGAAGGGCGUGGUGCGAGAUGAGUCGGAGCUGGACAACGUUUCCGCCGUGUCAGGUGUUAUGGUGGUGAACCAGGAAAUUUGGAGUAAGCGUUCCUCGCCAAAGUUUGAGCUACGAGUUGCGGAGGUAACGAUACCCGACAGCGAGCUGGUGAUGCGCCGUGGGGCCUCUGAGGCCAACGGUGUUUCAUGCGGUCUUAUUCACUUUUUCAACAACGCGGUUAGCAGCUGA